UGUUACCUUUAAUGUUUCAGGAACAGAGUCUCUUGAAGUGGUCUAAGCAGGAAGGUGCAUGCUUUCCAUGCUGGGGUUCUGUUUGGGUGCAUCAGCCAGCCAAGGAAUGCAGAUUUUUCAUGAAUUGGCACAGCAGCAGUAGGAGUGCUGCUUCCUCAGGGCGCAGCCCUCGCCUCAUUUGGUUUUACCUCCCCCACAUUAAUACCCUUAUUUAGAAAGGUUGACACAUCACUAUAACUACCUCUGAAAACUGUAUCUGGCCAAAGGCACCAGUCCAAUUUCAGAUUCUUGCCAAACUGGAGAUAUUUAUUUUCGUUGAAUGCAGUAUCUUCCUCAUGAAAGCAUACAGCUCUUAUAAGAAAUUGAGAAUAUAGUUUUUGGGUUGCGGGGUGGUAUUCCCUUGCCCUUCUUUUCCCCAAUGCCAACCUCACAAAAUCUGGUGCCACGUGCCCUGUGAUUUUGUCAUGGGAGAUGAAUCAGUUAAUUAACACACUGCUCCUCACGGUACACUUGGAAACAGGUUCAGUUUCCUUUGGUUCUUGCCAGAGAUGCUUAUGAACAUACCUAGUGCUGGUGCUUUCCCCGAUACAUCUCAUUACAGGCUCUAAAUGGAGCCUGUAAUGUUAAGUGCACCUCGCCUGAGGCCUGGCAGCUCACCGGCUCCUAUCCAGCAUGUCUCCGCUUUCAUGCCUGCUUCAAGGUUCCCAUGUUGCUGCCUGGCGCCCUGUGUCCCCACUGACGAUAGUGACAUCUAGAGAAACAGAUGUCAGUUGUCAAAGACAGCCGCAGUGCUUGGGAGGCUUGACUGUACACUGGUGAUGAACACUGGAUAUCCUACGGGGAAAAAAGCCCUUGUCAUAGAUUUAAAAAAAGGUCUCAGUGUUUGGCCACGCGUUCCUUCGGUCAUAAGUUUCAUUUUCAGGGCCCUUCCAGACUCAGGCGGUGGCUGCUCUUGCUGCCGCAGGUCAACGCCUGGACUUCUCCGCGCGGCGGGCGUCUGCGGAGGGCGCCACUUGCACUUCCCCCGCCCCAUUAGGAUCGUGUUUGCUGCUUAUCAAUUUGUGGGAGCGCUUUACACUUGCAGGACUCAGUCCAUCCGUCCCGUGUGUGGGUCGAUGACGUCACGCCCGGGCCCACAGCCUCCGAGCACACCCGCCUCUUGCUCCCAAACACCGGCACACGAUGAGGGACCGAAGACCCCAAACCGCGCAGCCGCGCCGGCGCCUGCCUUUAAAGCAAGGCGGCGAGGGGCGGGGCCAGCGUGCGGCGCGACGUGCUGACGUCAGGCCGAACGGAGGGCGGGGCGAGGGCGGUGGCGUGCGCUCCGGUACCUUGGGUCCCUUCUUGUCGUCCGCCUAGGCUGCAUACCCCUCAGCGUCCACCUCCGCGUCGUCGUCCUCAUCAGGGUCUUCUCAGGGUCCCCUCCUCGGCGUCCCCCUCCUCGGCGUCCUCUCCCCUCCCUCCCCCUCGACUUCCCUCGGCCGCCCGCCGCCGCCAUGGGCCCGCGCCCGCCGCGCCGCCGGGCCGAGGACAGCUGAGGCGCGGCGCGAAGAUGGGCGAGGGCGGAGCAGGGCCCGAGCGCCAGCCCGAGCAGUCCGGGCGCCCCGCGCGCGCCCGCCCGCGCCGCCGCGGGGAUGCCCGCGCCCGCCGCCGCGCCUUGAGCGCCUUUGUCUGCCGCCCGCGCCGCCCGCCGCACCACUGGCCUCGCGGGCCCGCGCCGCGGCUGGGGGCGCGCCCAUGAAGAUGGACCCGGGCUGGCCGGCCUCCCCAGCGGGCGGCCCGGGCCCCGACCCAGAGCCCGGUGGGCCCGGAGCGCCCGCCGCCCCUGCCCCGCGCCCUGGGCUCGGCCCGCAGGACCUCGCGGCCGGCGCGGAUGCUGGGCGAGCUCCGGGGCGGGAGCGGCGGCCGCAGCGCUCGAGCCGGGACCCCGACCCCGACCCGCCGCUGCCGGAACUCGGUCCGCUCUUUUCCUGGACGACGGAGCCGGAGGGUGACGGCCCCCCGCACAGCGCGUCUGUCCGCGCGCAGGACUUCAGCCGCAGCCAUCACCUGAGGGGCGAGGUCGACUUCUUUCCUUCCUUCGCGUCCCCCGCGGUGGGCGAGCCGGCCCUGGAGCUGGGUCCCGGGGACCCGGACCGGCCCUCGGACUUUAGCCAGACCCGCCCCCUAACGAGCGAGCCCGCGGGGUGUCCGGAGGACGGCCCCCGCCUCCGAGCCGUAUUCGAUGCCCUGGACGGGGAUGGGGACGGCUUCGUCCGCAUCGAAGACUUCGUCCAGUUCGCCACCGUCUACGGGGCAGAACAGGUGAAGGACUUAACGAGGUACUUGGAUCCCAGUGGGCUCGGCGUGAUUAGUUUCGAAGACUUCUACCGAGGGAUCACAGCGAUCAGAAAUGGAGAUCCCGACGGCCAGCUCUGCAGCGUCACGCCUGCCCCUGACGAGGAGCCGCCAGCCUGCCCCGAGGAGUUCGAUGACUUCGUUACCUUUGAGGCCAACGAGGUGACAGACAGCGCAUACAUGGGCUCCGAGAGCACCUACAGUGAGUGUGAGACCUUCACGGAUGAGGACACAGGCACUCUGGUGCCCCCCGAAUGCCUGGACGCCACGGAGGAGCCCAGCCACGGCGCCCUGCUGCUGCUCCCGGGCAGGUCCCACCUGCACAGCCAGUCGGUCGUCACGGUGAUAGGAGGCGAGGAGCAUUUCGAGGACUAUGGUGAGGGCAGUGAGACGGAGCUGUCCCCAGAGACCCUCUGCAACGGGGAGCAUGGCUGCAGAGACCCCGUCUUCCUCACCCCCAGCGCUGACCCGCUUGCCGCCAAGCUGCACAGCAUCCUCACGGAUGAGGCUUUUGAGUUUUACUGUAGCCAGUGCCACAAACAAAUCAACCGCCUUGAGGAUCUUUCUGCUCGCCUGAACGAUCUUGAAAAGAAUAGUCCAUCGAAGCGGCUCUCCAGCAAGAAGGUGGCAAGGCACCUGCAUCAGUCAGGGGCCCUGACCAUGGAGGCCCUGCAGGACCCUCCCCCAGACCCCGUGGAGGGCAUGGAAGAGGACAUUGCUGACAAGGUUGUCUUCCUGGAGAAGCGAGUGUCGGAGCUAGAAAAGGACACGGCUGCCAACGGGGAGCAGCACAGCCGGCUGAGGCAGGAGAACCUCCAGCUGGUGCACAGAGCCAACGCCCUGGAGGAGCAGCUCAAGGAGCAGGAGCUGAGAGCCUGCGAGAUGGUCCUGGAGGAGACACGCAAGCAGAAGGAGCUCCUGUGCAAGAUGGAGCGAGAGAAGAGCAUCGAGAUCGAGAACCUGCAGGCCAGGCUGCAGCAGCUGGACGAGGAGAACAGUGAGCUGAGGUCCUGCACGCCCUGCCUGAAGGCCAGCAUCGAGCGCCUGGAGGAGGAGAAGCAGAAGCUGCUGGAUGAGAUUGAGGAGCUGUCGCUGCGGCUCAGUGAGGAACAGGAGAACAGGAGGAAGCUGGGGGACAGGCUGAGCCACGAGAGGCACCAGUUCCAGAGGGACAAGGAGGCGACCCAGGAGCUGAUCGAGGACCUGCGCAAGCAGCUGGAGCAUCUGCAGCUCUUCAAGCUGGAGGCCGAGCAGAGGAGGGGCCGCAGCAGCAGCGCAGGCCUGCAGGAGUACAACAGCCGCACGCGGGAGAGUGAGCUGGAGCAGGAGGUCCGGAGGCUGAAGCAGGACAACCGCAGCCUGAAGGAGCAGAAUGACGAGCUCAACGGGCAGAUCAUCAACCUGAGCAUCCAGGGCGCCAAGAACCUCUUCUCCACGGCCUUCUCCGAGUCUCUGGCCGCAGAGAUCAGCUCCGUCUCCCGCGAUGAGCUCAUGGACGCCAUCCAGAAGCAGGAGGAGAUCAACUUCCGCCUGCAGGACUACAUCGACAGGAUCAUCGUGGCCAUCAUGGAGACCAACCCGUCCAUCCUGGAGGUCAAGUAGUGCCACUUGGUGGGGCUCCAGCACAGCACGCACGCGGCCGAGACCGAGGUCCCUCGCCCACCGUGGAGCACACAGCUGGGCAGGGCAGGGUGGGGGAGGAGGGAUGCUGGGGCCGGAGCCCGUGGUGGCUCUGGCCUCUCGCUACGCCCUCCUUUCUGCAGAGAAUGAGAGACAGUCUCUCAGGCUGGGGUGAACCCCUCUGUGACCUCUCCCACGCUUCCUGCCUUGUCAGGGAAGAAAGGAAUGAAAUGGGUCCCCGCCAGGCACCCUGACCUGGUGCCGUCCAAGUCUCAGCCGCUCCUGGAUGGCAUAGAAGCCCCAGGACCCUGGCGCCAGACAUGGUGGGGCAGGGGGAGGACAAGCAGGAGAGGCCAGUGUGUGUCAGGGUCUGGCCAGGAGCUGCAGGCCCCCCACCCCCCCAGCGUUCCUGGAGCUGCUCAGGCUGGCACCCAACCAGAAGGGGCCCCUUGGUCCAGAUUCAGGCCCAGGGGCCUCUAGGCCAUGGGCCUGUGCUCACGGCCAGCCCCUCGCUGCAGUAACCCUGGGCGCUGACCCUCCUGUGACUUGAGAGUCAUGGCGUAGAAUGUGCUGUCUGCAUCGGGUGGGUGUUGCUGUUCCCCUCUGACUCUGGGGGUUCAGGCAGGGCUGUGGCUCCCAGGGGUGUGUCCUCUCCUCCCUGUGCGGAUCUCCGCUGGCCCGAGGAAACCAAAUGUCUGGAACCAGUUUCCUCUGGGAGUUUGAGGUCUUUAGGAGUCGUCCUGUCUCCACAAGGUGCACUUUGCAGCAGGCUGGGGCGGGCAGGCUCUCACAAGUACACAGUUCAAGGCCUUCCUGGUGGCUUGGGGCUCCUUCAAGGAAGCCCGUGCCCAGCACCUGCACUGCCAGGAGCAGCAGCAUCACCCACAGGGGCUGCUGGGCCUGCCCCCCGAGCCUGAGCGCCAGCCAGGAGCCUCCGGGUGCUCCCAGGUGGGCCAAGACCCUGCACACAGGCGGGCCACUGCUGUGUGCGAGCGCAUACGUGAGGGUGUGUGUGUGCGUGCGUGAGCGAGCGUGAGUGUGGCUCUGUGUCCCUCCACCCUCCACGUGGCCCACCUUCUACACUAAGAUUUAAGAUGUUGCCUCGUAUUGUAUAUUUUGGGGAAAGCUUUGGGUGUAAAUCAAUGUAAACUUGGAGGAGAGAUUUUUCUAUCGUGUAGAGUAGGUAUUUUUUAUAGAUUGAAGGUUGAUCAAUUUUUUAAUACUUCUAAGAGAGAAAACUAUCUGUGUAUACACAUGAAAUAUAUAUAUGUACGAUAAUAAACACUGGAACUCUGCUCCCCG